UUCCUUUUGUCAUAUUCGUUCACUAUUCCUUUAAUCCUAUUAGGUUUUAGUGGUGGACAGUAUUGGGUGAUUGUUUUUAUAGAUAUUCGCUUAAUUUUAUCACGCUAAUAUCACAUGAUCAUAGAUCAAUGAUGAAGAAUCGCAAGUACAAAAUCACACUUGCAUAACCAAUUUGUAGAUCAUAAAUAAAAAAUCUAUCAGUAAUUAUCCUUAUUGGAUAAGCAUGAAACGUGUACCGUUGAAAGUUUUAAGGUUAAUAGAUAGUUUUCUUACAAAUAUUAUAAUUAGUGGGUGAUAUUGUAAAAUAGUUGAUCUAUUUACCAUAUGAUUUGAUCAAUAAUAUAAAAUCUGAUUAUCAUGAAAAUUAGAUGGUAAUAACUUUUUUAACUGUGAAUAUCUGUAGCAAAAGUACAAGUGAAUGCAUGACACAAACAUUAACUUGCCAUAAAACAGUAGAAUGUAAAUAUUUAGUCAUAAAUAAGUGGAUAUUUAAUUUAUUCAAAUGAUAUAAUUAUAUUCUAUAACCUUUAUACUUAUUAAAAAAAUACUAUGCCUGGAAAGAUAAAAGUAAAGGUAUUGGCAGGCCGUAAUUUGCCUGUAAUGGAUCGUUCAGGUGAUACAACAGAUGCAUACGUUGAAUUAAAAUUUGGAAAUGUUACGUAUAAAACUGAUGUGUGCAGAAAAUCUUUAAAUCCUCAAUGGAAUUCUGAAUGGUAUAAAUUUGAAGUAGACGAUGCCGAGUUACAAGAUGAACCUUUACAAAUUAGAUUAAUGGAUCAUGACACUUAUUCUGCCAAUGAUGCAAUUGGCAAAGUUUAUAUAAAUUUAAAUCCAUUAUUAUUACCUGGUAUAACACCUUUAAUUAAGAAUGUUUGGACUUUGGAAGCAGCUUUAAAUUCGAGUGCUGGCUCUCAAGGCUCUGUUAUGACAGGAUGGUUGCCAGUAUAUGAUACAAUGCAUGGUAUUCGUGGUGAAGUAAACAUUAUUGUUAAAGUGGAAUUAUUCUUAGAUUUUAAUAAGUUUAGGCAAUCAUCAUGCGGUGUACAGUUUUUCUAUUCACCAAAUAUACCACAUGGAUAUCAUGCUCAAGUGAUACAUGGUUUUGUUGAAGAAUUAAUAGUGAGUGAUGAUCCGGAAUACAAAUGGAUCGAUAAGAUAAGGACACCUAGAGCAUCAAAUGAAGCACGUCAGACAUUGUUUUUUAAAUUAAGUGGAGAAGUACAGAGAAAAAUAGGUUUGAAAGCAUUAGAUCUGGGUGGAAAUGCUGUUAUUGGAUAUCUGCAGAAUUUUGACUUAGAAGGAGAAUCAGGUAUUGUUGCACGAGGGAUAGGAACUGCAGUAACUCUUGUAAAAGUACAUGAUGUUUUUAAUUCUCCUUCAGAUAAUAUACCGCUUGAAGAACAUCAAGAGGAAGCAUCAUUCAGUCCAAGUUACCCACUUCCUACUGUUCCUUCUUCAACAACUACAAAAACUUUACAUUCGCCUGCAACAAAAACACAUAAUAUCAUUCCUUUACAUAGAAGAUCCAGUGAUUCCGAUUUGAGUAUUACACCAAAAGGUAAUUCUUUGGCAGGAAGCGAUAGAUCAAUGGGUGGCUUUAUGAAAACAUCAACAGCUGUAGUAAGAACUAUGAAUCAAGAUGCAUUAGAAAUGUUGGAAUAUCCAUUUAUUACAAUGCAACAAUAUCCUCCUGGUUUUGUUGUACAUAUAGGUGGUCUGGUAAGCUCAAGAUCAGUUAAACUAUUGGAAAGAAUAAGUAAUUUAGAAGAACCAGAAGGUCGUGAUGCAUGGUGGACAGAAAUUAGAAUGGAAGUAAGAUCACAUGCAAGGGCAUUAGCGUGUAAUGUCGUCAUAGGUUAUAAAGAAGAAACUAGCAUAUGCGACGAUGUUUGUGUUUUAAAUGCAAGUGGUACAGCUGCUGUUAUAAAUCUUCAUAGUUCAAGUCAAGAUCAGGAUAAUGUCUUUGUAAGUCGAUUGCAACAAGGAUUACUUACAGCAUCUAUGGAAUCAGAUCGUGAUAAACCUUGCCAAAAGUCAUCGGUUAACAAAACAGAAAGAUGUGACAUUGAUACAUCUAAUCAUACGACGAAUCUAAGUGGAAGAAAUAAAUGUACAUCUGAAAGUAAUGAUCAUGAAUCAUAUAUGCAAUCUCAUGGAUGCAAUCUUUGUCAUUUACCAUAUAGUGGAAAUAAUAUUCAAUUUAAAGUCAAUAUGUCAAAAUGUGCUAUAUGUAAGAGAGCAAAAGUUCCAGACGUAAUGUUUACUACUAUAGAACUUCCUGAAAAUAUACCUAUGACUGGUAGAGGAUGUUUUAUUCAAGCAACAGUCUGUAAAAGUAAGAAAGAUUUGAGAGGUGAAUUAAAUGCAAAAGAAAUUUCUGAUUGUUUGCCUUUUUUGGAAUAUGAAUUAUAUUGUUUAUUAUUAAAUAAGUUAAAAAUGAAAGGUAUGAAUGCUGUCUUUGGUUUAAAGUUGCAAGUUUCCAUUGGAGAAAGAUUGGUGAUUGGAAUGGCAGUUGGAACUGCUGUUUUUCUUACAGCAUUACCUAAUCCUUCUAUUCCUCAAAUUGCUGCUCAUAAUUCUUGGCACAAUGAAGAACAAUUGGUUGAAAUUCAAAAAAUUCUUUCAGAAACUGUAAAAAAAAAUAUAGAAUUUUAUCAGUUGAAACCAAUAGGAGGGGACAAUGAAACUGGACGUAUUGUUACUACAUCUGAUACAGACGACUCGGACGAGGAUUUACCUGAACUUGAUGUUGCAUUAGGUUCCCGAGAUGCUUGCAUAUUAGAAGUAGAUGAUCUUGAGGAUAUGGAUAGAAUAUCAUUAUUAAUAGAUGAUAGGCCACCUGAUGAUUUUCACGUAGUAAAUACACAAACUAUUCCUGGAUUAGAAGAUCUAGAAAUUGUAAGAAAUUUACAAAUGUUUACCCAAGUAUCCAGAGCUAAGAUUCCAGCAGGUCAAUUAGCAUCAAUGCCUUCAAAAUAUUUUGCUAGAUUACUGCAGACAGUUUUCUUCAAAUUAAGGAGAAUGGUUCCUUGUGCACUUUGUGAUAUGCAAUUUAAAGUUGCACUUCCUGAACAAGAUGAAAUACAACUUUCUGUUGUUGGUAUGGCACUUGGAUUAGGCGAACCUGUGAAGUCAAAUAAAUUUAAACGAAAAUUGCUAAUUCAUCAACUUAGUAAAGAUGAAGUGAAAAAAUCAGAUGAACACGAGAUGAUAUUUAAUCUCGAAGAUGAUCACAUAGAAGCUCCUGUUGUGUCUGACAAUACAUUAAAUACUCGAACUGCAAAUUCGUCUACAUUAACGGUCCUUUCUGGACGAAAAUCAAGACCACGUUCACCAUUACGUUCAAAGAUACAUACUACACAUAGACAUAAACAUGUGCCUUUGAAAGAAAGAUAUGGCGUAGAUAUAACACCAUUAUCAUAUUUACCAGGUGGUAGAAUCGAAAGAUAUUUAGGAAAUCUAAACUUUUUCUUUAUCAGAGAAAGCACAUCUGUAAGAGAGAAUGGUGGAUUAAGUGGAUUUACACAUAGCUUUGUAAUGGAAAUAUUAGCAAUUGUACGUGCACAUAUUACAGCAUUAGGAGGAAAUGCAAUGGUUGCUUUUUUUAUGACUCAAUGUGUCCUUCUCCAUAAUCUUCAUAAAAAUCAGGGUCAGUGUCUCAUAAAUGUAGGUGGAGAUGUAGUUUCCGUAUCAUAUUUUGCCAAUGAAAAACGAAGUGGAACAUCAAAUUACUGACCCCAACCUCCACAUUCUGCACCACCAUAGUUACAAAGCAAAAAGAAUUUUUAACAUUCUGUUAUUAUAGUUUUAGACGAAUCUGUUAUAUUUUGUAAUUGUUCGCUUAUUUUUAUUGCUAUAACAAAAUUGCUUUACAUUAGGGUUUUUAUACUUGAUAUACACAGAGAAAAAAUAUUUACAGUUUAGUAUCUAUUACUUUACUUUUUAUUAUUAUACUAAAAUAGUAUAUUCUUCAACUACAUUGUUAAAUAAUACUAUUACAUAUCCCGAAGUACUCUACAAUUGCUUAAAAUGUAAAUAUAGUCUUAAGUUUAUCGCAGUAGUGGACUUUUAAGGAUAAAUUGAUGUGAUAGUAUUUAUUAAAUACAUUUAUAACAAAUUAUAAAGUUCAAUGUAAAAUGCACAUUUCUGUAAUUCGUCUGUAACAUUGUAUUUUCUAUUUUUAUGUACAUGUAAAUUGUAAUUUUAUGAUAAGCAUUUUUCUCACAAUGUCCUUUUGUAAUUUUGAAAGGUCACUGUUACAAAAUAAUAUGUUGGGUGCAAUA